AGGGUAUCAACAAUGUCUUCGUUUAGAUUUAACUGUUACUCAUAUCUUUUCUUUCUGAAGGUGCACUUACAGAGUGCUAUGAUGAACUGGGAAACAGAUAUCAGCUUCCAGUCUAUUGCUUGGCACCACCAAUCAACAUGAUAGAAGAAAAAAGUGACAUAGAGACUCUGGAUAUUCCUGAGCCACCACCCAAUUCUGGAUAUGAAUGUCAGCUCCGUUUGCGCCUUUCCACAGGGAAAGACCUCAAACUUGUGGUCCGCAGUACAGACACAGUAUACCACAUGAAGAGGCGCUUACACGCAGCAGAAGGAGUGGAACCGAGUAGUCAGCGUUGGUUCUUUUCCGGCAGGCCUCUCACCGACAAAAUGAAAUUGGAAGAACUGAAGAUCCCAAAGGACUAUGUUGUACAGGUUAUAGUGAGCCAACCUUUGCAAAACCCAACACCAGUUGAGAACUGAACUGAUCCUAUUGGCUGGUCCCAGACCCCUCCUGCUCCUUUUUAUUAUUGUUGUUUCCUACUCUAUGGUGUGAAAUUUAUUUUCACUGCUCUGAAUUCCCUAUGAAUGAAUUUAGUUCUGAGGAAUGACCAGUGGAAAAUUCCAUCUGUGAUGGAGACCAACAAAAAUAAUUAAUAAAACACAAAGAGCCAGCCUUUGAGACUCAUGUAAUUACAAUUUCUAAUCUGAGAGGCAGUUAAGAAAUAGAUAAUCGUUUAUUUUAAAACACCCAACAAUUAUAUGAUAGCUGUAAUUAAAUGAUUUGGACCUGUAAAUGGAACAUUGUGUCCAUGGAGAACAGCACCUAGCACCUUUUGAAUAUAGAAUUUUUUUUAACAAGUCAAAUUACUCAAUUUCCAGAAAUCAUCGAUGAAAGUUAAAAAACUUAAGCUUUUUUUUUUUUUUACGAAAACUGAAAGAGCAGUAUUUAAAGUUUGCUUCUGUUCUGAUUUUUAUUAUUUGCCCAAUUAAUAUUUAGCCAUAAAGGAGUAGAGACUGGCAAAUUAUUUUUCACUAUUGCUUUCCCCACCCCUAUAGGUUGAGCUCCUUAUUCACACUAAAUGUUGGUGCCUUCCAUCACGUUGGUGGCAGGCACCCUUCUGGAGCACUAGGCAAUAAUUUAGUCAGUGCAGUCAGAUCUUUGACUGUCAGCUGAUACUCAGUUGAAGCAUCUCUUUUCCUCUUGCUGCAUAGGUAUUCUGAAAUGUCUAUAUAAAGAAGCUGUUUUCAUAUCCAGGGUUAGAAGGUCACUACUAUAUAAUAUCUUCAUUGAUCUUCCUACUGUGCUUGGAAGUUUUCAUAACUAACUCCGCCCCCAAAUGCUUAGGUCCUGGGCCAGGGAAUACAGUGAAUCUAGUAUAGCUAUUCCCACUGCAGAAAUAAUAUACUAUUUAUCUCUUCUUUCCCAAUUUGCAGAAAGGGUAUAAGGAAAACCCAUUCUAUGUGUGCCUGGGAGAAUCGUGCCUGAUUUUGGUCUCUUAGAGAACAUUUCAACUCAUAAUUUACAAGUGUGAAAGGUUUACUAAUGUCACUUAAACAUCAGCAGUGAGACCAAAUGAUGAAACAUUGCUUUAUGCCUUAGUGCUUUCCAGUUCACUGUUACCUCCACUUGUGGUAGAUGACAGUCCUCCUCCCUCAUUUUUCCUAACAGAGGUAAAUUAAGAACUAUCUGCAAAUUAGUUAGGGGACUGAAAAGCCCUAGGAAAUAACGUAAUUCUUCUGUACUAUGACUGUAGUAAAGCUGCCAAGGAUUGUAUUUAAUUUGGAGAUUAUAGAAGUUGGUUCCUUAAGUGAGCAGGGGGCUAGCACAUGAUCUUUGCACCCCUGACAGUGCAUGAGAUGGAAGAGUAGAGGCAAGAAAGCACUUAUGUUCCCAGUUGGGAAAUAGCAAACUACCACACGUAUUUGGAUGCAAAACAUCAUUAAUUUUGAUGGCAAAUGAAACUGCUAAUUAGUUUAAAUGUCGUGUUUAAAAUGGUAUUAAAUUUCCUAUAGUCUGAUUGGAUAUCGUAUCUAUAACUGUAACAUAUCUUGUUUCUAAGAGCUUUAACUACCUUUUUUUAUGCAAUCGUUUUUAAGAUUGUGGCGGUAUCUGACUUAGAUUUGCUGGUGAUAGAAUCUGAAUUUAAGAGAAGACAGCAGCAUUAAUUCCAAAGGAGAAUUUUUAUAUUUGGAGAUGGAGAUAUAUGAGGUUAUUUCAGUAUAAUAACCCUGUCAUCAAAAUAUUUCUUUGUUCAUUUGCGUGCCACAUCAAACAGCAACAUUUCUCAAAGUGUGUCAGCUGGGGGAAGAAGGUGUUCAAACCUAUUUUUCUUAAGUAAAUUUAGUGAUGUCAUCAAUAGUCUGUAGUUUGUUGAUGGUUUGAGCUCUCUUAAGAAUUUUAUUUUAUUUUAAAGGAACAUAUACUUUGAAUAACAAUUCUCUGGGCAUGUUUAACUAACCUAGGUGAGAAAACCAUGGUGCUGUUUAAUUGUAAAUAGAUUGAUAUAUAAGAUUGGACCAAUACUUGAUGUGUAUAAUUUUAGUAUGUAGAAUUUUUGUGCUUUUUAAAAAAAAAAAAAAGUUCAAUUUUUCUCUUUGUCUUUGUCUUUAUUCUGGGUUCUUAACUGUUGUUACUCUCUAUAUAAUGGUAAUCUGCCUC